AUGAAAGCCAACGCAAUGGCUGUUGCCAGGACCGCUGCCUUGCGAGGCCUUGGACGAACGUCUCUCUCUUCACAAUUCACCCAUAAGCAGCUCCCGGUUGUAUCCCGAGCAUGCAUGUCCUCUGUCGCCGAAGCUGUCGGCGUGGCACCCGCUCCCCCGCCUCCAACACCGGUCAACGAUGCCGAGCUGAAGGCCGCACAGCGUGCCAUUGAGGCCAAGAAGAUUCUGCAAAAGGCCGCCAGCGCAACCACUGUUAGACAUGACUGGACAAGAGAGGAGAUCUCUGCCAUCUACUACCAACCCCUGAUGGAGUUGGCUUUCCAAGCUGGCUCCAUCCACCGCCGCUUCCACAACCCUUCCGAAGUCCAGCUCUGCACGCUCAUGAACAUCAAGACCGGCGGCUGCACCGAGGACUGCUCCUACUGCGCCCAGUCAACCCGAUACCAAGAUGGCACCGGCCUCAAGGCUAAGAAGGUCGAGAGCGUCGAGUCUGUCCUCGCCGCGGCCCGCACUGCAAAGGAGAACGGUAGCACGCGCUUUUGCAUGGGCGCCGCUUGGCGCGAUAUGCGCGGCCGCAAGAACAGCUUAAAGAACAUCAAGGCCAUGGUCACGGGCGUGCGGGCAAUGGAUAUGGAGGUCUGCGUCACCCUCGGCAUGAUUGACUCGGAACAGGCCAAGGAGCUCAAGGAGGCCGGACUGACUGCCUACAACCACAACGUCGACACCAGCCGCGAGUUCUACCCGUCCGUCAUCUCGACUCGCAGCUACGACGAGCGCCUCAAGACCCUGAGCCACGUCCGCGACGCCGGUAUCAACGUGUGUUCGGGUGGCAUUCUCGGACUCGGAGAGUCAUCCGACGACCGCGUUGGUCUGCUGCACACCGUCUCCACGCUCCCUUCCCACCCCGAGAGUUUCCCCGUCAACGCUCUUGUGCCGAUCAAGGGUACGCCGCUGGGUGACCGCACGCCCAUCCAGUUCUCGAGCAUGCUGCGGACCAUUGCGACCGCCCGCCUUCUGAUGCCGGCGACCAUUAUCCGUAUUGCUGCCGGAAGGAAGACCAUGUCGGAGGAGAAGCAGGCCAUGUGCUUCAUGGCUGGAGCCAACGCCAUCUUCACAGGUGAAAAGAUGUUGACGACGGACUGCAACAGCUGGGACGAGGAUAAUGCCAUGUUUGGCCGCUGGGGUCUGACACCGAUGAAGAGCCACCACAAGUCGCCGGCUCCAAUGGCCGAGAUUGAGAUCUGA